UCGGUUUUCCGUUCGAGUUAUUUUUAAUAGGACAUAUAAUAUUAGACGCUAAAUUUGUAAUUGUCUGCCACUCUUGUUUUUUAUUGGAAUAAUAAUCACAGGAAAACCUUCUUGGCCGAGCGUUAGGUGGUGUGCCAAAAUGUAACUUGUGCUAAUUGAGCUAAACUCGUCGUCGCAGGUUCUGGGAUUGUUUAUAUGAAGUUUAUUAUCAUAUUAUGUAUCUGUAUCAGUAUCACAUAUUUAAUUCUGAUUUCGUGGCUUUUAAGUCGUCUUUGCUAAAACGUUGAGGGCAUAUUCAAGUGUUCCUCGGGUUCUUACGAAGAAUUUGUUGUAUUGCUUAUUGAUGCCUCUCUCUUGGCACAUCUGGACGAGGCAUCGUAGACGAUAUGGAUUACUGGCUCAAAAUGAGUUCCCAACUGGAGAACGCUGGAAGAGGUGCGGGCACGGAGUUGUCUUCCUUUGGAACUAGAGCGUCAAUGUUUUCGCGAUCUCUGCACGAUGUUCUCAGCAGUGCAAUCGCAUUGGACGCCCGAUCAUUUGUCACUUAUUCUUUCGAGUCCAACAUUCCUAUAGAUCCGACUGUGAUCGCCUACCCCAACGAUUAUGGUCAUCCGUAUUUCCUGCUCGUGGCGGAUGAAGAAGGAGUACUGCAUUUUCGCAACACCAAAUCCGGUCCUCCUGUGAAUCUGGGCUCACUGAGGGUUCACCCGAACCAUGCGAUUUUGGAUGCUAAAUUUCGCCCGGGAUGCUCGAAUCUGCAGUGCAUUACGGCUUCCGGCGAUAUGACCUGCGCUCUUGUUGAUUGUUCGACGCAGCAGAAGGUGACGAGUUUUGUUGGACAUUUGCAGAAUGUUAGAUGUCUCAGCUGGCAGAAGGACACUCAGAACAAUGUGUUCAUUUCCGGUGGACGCGACGGUCACUGCAUGUUAUGGGAUCUUCGCUCUGGAGUGUUUUAUGGAAAUCACUAUCCAGUGGCGUAUUUGGUGAAUGCACACACUGACUUUGUGCCACGGCAGCGGAUUCCGUACCGGCGACUCUUCCGCGAAGCACCGGGAAAAUAUUCGGUUAAUGUGGAGAAGUUAAAUGCGGUAUACACAGCAUUACCGGAUGACCCUACAACCCAUCGCGCCAGUAUUACCGAUAUCGUCUUUCAAACUUCCUACACUUUCCUCACGUCUGGCACGGCCGACAGUUCCAUUCGUUUGUGGGAUUUGCGGAAGCUCAAGCCAAGCUCAGAGAAGCCACAGUCAGUAUUAACACUCAAGUCAGACUCUGGAUUGCCUUUUACUUCCUUAGCCCUUGAUGCUUCCCGGACGAAUUUGUAUGCCGCCUGUCGAGACGGAAUCGUGUAUCGCUUUGAUGUGGGUCCCAGAAUGCACGAGCAACCAACAGCACAAUACGCCGGCGCGGUCAUUUCAUCGUUUUAUACAAAGUGCACCCUUAGUCAAGAUGGAGAGUUGUUAGGCUGCGGAUCAGCUGGUGGAAAAGGAUAUGUGUUCCGGACUAGACAGCCAGAAGAAGCACCGGUGGUUUUGAACAGCGCUACCGAGGAUGAAGUCACAGAAGUGGCAUUUAACCACUGGGAUCCCUAUCAAGUUGUCACUGCCUCCACCCGUAUUCUUGUAUGGGAUGCAGGAGUGAAUGCCAACCGCUCAAGUCCUAACAUUGUUGCUGGGCUAGCCGAAAAGGAUCCUCGAGGUUUAGAAGAGCGCACACCAAAACGACCAUCGCGGGAUCGCACACCUGGAACCGCUGAUCCUCGGACACCCACCGUCUCUUCGUGGGUUCGGCGCCCCUCAUCACGCGAAAACGACGGCUCACCUACGCGUGCAGUGGGUUUAUCACCCAGGCCAAAUUCUUCGUUGGUAUUAAAGACGCCCAACAGUCAAGUGGUUCCACUGAGAAGGAAAAAGCGAUUAAGGAAUCUGACGCUGUCGCCCUAUCUGAAAGCGCGCCGGAAACCGCCGUCUCCUUCCAGUAAAACAUGAAACUCUUCCUUCGGAACCUUUCAAUAAAACUACCAAAAAUUGUUGUGAGAUGCACUCGGAUUUUCUGUACUCGUAGUCUUUUUCUAUGAUAGCAAAUGCUUAUACAAAUAUGAUUUUAUUGUGGUGGUGGUUUAUGCUGCAUUGCUUGCUUGUGCUCGGUCAGCUUGUGAGGUUCGUUGAUUCUAUGAUUUUAUUCUGCAGGUCAUAAACAUUG